AUGGAUACCGGUACCGAUACCAAGCGGAGCGGUGCUCUUCCAGCUGCUGAUGUUGCUCGGGUCUUUGACAACGCGCGUAUCCCCCAUGUCCUCUUUGGAUGGUGGGCUGUUGCCUGCCAUGGCAAGUACCAUGCAUUUCCGGAAAUCGACUUUGUUCUCCCCGACGACAAAAUCGAGGCUGCCGCUAAUGCUCUCGCCGCCACUGGGCAUUUCCACCGCUGCACGGAUCUCGACUGCGUUGAGUGGACGGCGGACCGGCGGCCCCGCGAUUACUUUCAAGCACCUCGCCACCAGCCAUUGCCUAUAACUAUGCUGGGAGCGCAAAUGGCGAUGAACAACUGGCAUGCAAUUGCUCGAGAGCAUCUUCAUAUUGGGCCCGGAUACGACUUCUUCAAAGUCAUUUCACUAUAUGCCAAGUCUCACCUGCUCUGGUCAUUUCCAGAGAUAACGCUGGACCCCAUUGCGAGCGACGACCGCACCUACAUGUUCACGGACGAUGUGCGACUUCCGCCACCUCGAAGAGAAGGCGAAGACGGAAGUACUGGCCCCUGGGACGGUCUCUAUCCAGUUAAAAUUCCGACUUACGCUGCUCUUAUUGAGGCAUUGCUCUUACUGUAUUGCCGAGAUCUCGGAUCCCUCGAGCACACUGACCAGGCGUGGGCGUCCAUGACCAAUGAAGCUCUAGGCAAAAUCUUGAUUCCCGGUACUCUGAACUUGAAUGAGCGGAUAUCUGAGCUCAGAAGGAAUAUCGAUCCUCGCUGGGUGCCCAUCCUGGAUAGCUCUCAUUUCAACACCGGACCUCUCACAAAGGGCCUCCUCGCCCCUAUCCAUAACUACCGAGCGGUUCUGCUGGCGAGCAAUGAGCUUCCGGAUAUCCCACCUCAUGACUUGGACGGUUACCACAUGUAA